CUGGCCUAUUUUCGCAACUAUCCAGAGACCCAGGGGACUGGCACGACUAAUUGAAAGCGGGCUAUCAAAGUUGACAACGGACUAAUUGCAAGUGCACGUGCAAAAGGCAAGCGGAGCGUGGCGCAGCCGGGGUCGAAGAGUGAGCUCUUCAGAGUUUUUCCCGUUGCCACUGCCGAUUUUUUGCAGACGUACCGGCGAGUUAAUUGUUUCAAGAGCGAGAAGCAGGUAAGUGGGGCAGUAAGGCGGCCGCGCGGUGGCGCUGGCGUCGUCCGCUGCCGGAGAAGCGAGACUCGGCGCGUCCCUAGCAAUUCAGUCUUCUGUUUGGCGGUGUAGAGGCCGGUUGUGCUAUCCGCGACACACGCACACGAGAGAUCAGAGAGAUGGCUCGGUGAAAGCAGCGCCUCGGCAGCGAGCACACGACACGCACGAUGGGCCCAAACGGGCUGCCGGUGGAGCGCUACCUGGGCUCGUGUCUUAUCUCGGCAACGGCCCGCAAACACGGCCCCAAACAGCAUUACAACGGCUGGCCCUUGAUUUCGUUGGGACCCCGAGGGGGCCAGGCGGCCAAGGAACAGCAGCAUCAGCAACAACGGAGUCCGCUCUCGCGGCUGGCCAUCCACACGCAGGGCGCGCCACUCAUCCUACAGACGCCGUAUCGAAAGGGCCCCGCCGGCCCGCCGCUGCAGCAGCAGCACCACCAGCGGCCGCAAGGGCACCCUGUGGCCCGCAAAGAGCCGCCCAAGUCGCCGCCAGUGUCGGACGCCGCGUCUGUCGCCUCGGACGAGAGCGGUCACUCGGAGAACAGCCUGCCGCGGAUCAUCAAGCCGCGCAAGCGAAGGAAGAAGGAACGCAAGCCGUCCGGGGGUAGCGAGUCGCCGCCCGCCGCCCCGCAACCCUCCGGCCAGGGGGCCCCGGUCACGCUGCAGCCGUACGUGCCUCUGUGCUACGAGCAGCUGGACAAGCUGCGGCAGCGUCGUCCUCCGCCACCGAGUGCCGCCCCCGCCGCCGUCCUGGCGAGGAACUCUUGUUCGGGCUCCGAGGGCGGCCACGCGCUGUGCCAGUGCAACUUUUGUGAUCCCGCAGGACUGAUCCUGGACGUUGAGCGGCUGUGCCACUCGCCGCCCCCGUCACUGCCGCCGCCACAGCGCGUCCUGAAGGCCGCCCCCGCCGCCCCCGACUACAGCGAACUGGAGGUGACCUCGGAAAUUGUGACUUCACUCAACGGCCAUCGGGACAUUGAGAUCAAGUUCUUCAGUUGGAAGCCGCCAGCCAACGAGGAGUGAUCGACUGACUGAGGACGAGUGCGUGGUGCCCGAUAAAUUGACCGAUUUAUUCAGUUGGCAUUCGCGUCCUGUGUGACUAAAAGUCUGGAAAAAAUCGACACGAGUGUUUGGUUCAGGUUUGGAGAUUUAAGUCGGCCGACUUAAAAUCGAUAUCAGACCUGAAGAGAAUGCAGAGGGAAUUAUAUUUUUGUACGAAACGAGUGUCAGGUGAACGGUAACGAUUUAAUUUUCCUCGAAUUGCGUUCUAUAUUUAAAUUAUGUCGCUGCUGUUAAAACAACUAAUGAGCAAAGAUCUCGUGGUAAACAAAACUGAUAAGAAUGUUCACUCAAUUUGCAGCGCAAAGCAAAUAACUGUGGGUGGAUUCAAUGCGGGUUUUCAUUAUUUUUUUCUGGCGGUGUCGGUUGGAUGGUAGGUUUUUCUGCGCUGGCCAAACCAGCGAGGGUGUUUUAGUAUUUUCUCUUUUUUCCACAUGGGAGGCGCACAACCCUUCUCUGUCUCUGUUUCCAUUGUUUCUUUCUUCGACUGACUGAGGGGAUCAGGUCCCGUUGCGAUUACAACGAUAAUUUAUUCAAAUAACCCACCACCCGCACGGGGCCGCAGUUCUACUUUACAUUUGCCUUUCGAUUCCUGCGCGUCGAAAUUUAAUUUUCUUGUUCCCUCGCAGGGAGAGAGAAGUAUUCCUCUUUUGUCUGCAAAGAUUUUGUCAUAAUGUGUUCAGACGCUAAAUCGGUACGAAAACGUGAAUACUGUACAUUGUGUAAACAUAUCGUAUGUAAAUAUUUGAUCCACAUGCGGAAGUUGUGCGUAAUCAAAAGGCAUUACUUGUGACGAGCAGGAGUAAAAAGAAAAGCAAGCCAUCGGGAGAUCCUUUCGUAUUUUUGUCGACUAUAGUUUGUAGUGUAGAAUUCGCUGUUUGUUCGUAUUUUGAGUGCUUCCCUUUUUGUGUUAGCUGAUAUCAGAGAAAAAUGUGUUUUCAAGAACUGACUUCGUUUAGCUUUUUAUGGCACGACUGUGAUGAUGUCAUCAAUGAAAAAUGAAUAAAAAACCCGUCAAUUACUGUGCAAA